AUGGCCACCAAAGGCAGCACGCAGCACGCCGGCUCUGCGAGCGCAGCCAAUAUUCUCACCGACAGCAACCAGGACGCUAUCAACACGAAUAGCAAUGCCGCGCAGGCGGCCGCGAGCCGAGGGGUUCGGAAGCUGGUGCUGUGCUUUGACGGCACUGGCAAUAAAUUCCACGGCGACGACAGUGACAGCAACAUCCUAAAGAUCUUCCGCAUGCUGGAUCGCACAGCUGACGACCAAUACCACUACUAUCAACCUGGAAUCGGGACGUACGUCGUGUCAGGCUCGCUGUCACACACGUCCGUUCGCGCGCGAUUCAACAGCUGGUACACCAAGGCCAAAGACUCAGCUGUUGGCUCUUCAUUCGAUCAGCAUGUUGUCGGAGGAUACCGCUUCCUGAUGCGCUUCUAUAAUCCUGGCGACGAGAUCUAUCUCUUUGGCUUCUCGCGCGGCUCGUACAUUGCUCGCUUCCUGGCCGAGAUGCUCGACUACAUCGGCCUCCUCUCCCACGGCAACGAGGAGAUGGUCAAGUUCGCGUGGAAAGCUUUCGCCCAGUGGCAAUGCCGGCAGCAGAGCGUCGGCUCUGCCGAGGAGAUCAGAAAGGCCGACGAGGAGAAAAGGAAGAUGUACAAGUUCAUGAAGGGGUUCCGCGAGACCUUCUCGCGGCCCGUCGGGCGGAUCAAGUUCCUGGGCUUGUUCGACACCGUCAACUCCGUGCCGCGGUUCGAGACAGCCUGGAUGCAGAGGAGCAAGUUUCCCUACACGGCCAAGAGUAGCGCCAAGGUGAUCCGCCACGCCGUCAGCAUCGACGAGCGCCGCGCCAAGUUUCGCCAGGAUCUCAUGUAUCAGGGGAACCGCAAAGUGAGGGAACACCACAAACGCCACAACAUGGAGAAAUGGUCAAAGGACAAGUAUCUCUCGCCCAACGAUCCCCAGGCAUCUUCACAGACGCGCCCUCUAGAGGAGAAGCCAGCUCAACAGGGAGUGGAGGACGAUUUCGCCCCGUACCGUGCCAGGUCGUCGUCUAGAAGACCUCAGUCUGCGCAGUCGGCUGCUCCAUCGGAGAUAUCCAACUCGAACCCUCCUCCGUCAGAGAUACAGCCCGUCGACGACAGCGGCCAGGACAUUGACGAGGUGUGGUUUGCCGGAGGCCAUGCUGACGUCGGUGGAGGUUGGGAGAUGCUGGAAGACAGCAAGAGCGCCAGCCACGUGCCGCUGACGUGGAUGGUCCGCGAGGCCAUGAGAGCUGGACUGCCCUUUGACCCCGACAAGGUCGCCGAGCUGGGCUGCGCAUGCUCCAACGAGUGGUCCGCCGACAACCCGGCCAAGAAGCCUGCUGCGUUGCGAAAAAAGGGGAAGAACCGACAGACCACUGCUGGCGAUAUACCGGCCAUCCGCAUGGAAAAUGGAGGCACGCCCACGUUCCCCGAGUCGCCCAGCGAGUACCGCCAUCGUUCGCCUCGGGAGCCGCGUCCUGCGACAGCGUCUUCGACGGCAUCCUCUGCGUCGUCCUGCUCCACCGAUGAGGACGAGCGCCACUUUCACGGCUUGAUGGGUCGUGCACACACCGCCCGAAUCCACGACUCCCUCGCGUACCACGGUGGUCUGAACCAUUUCUCCGUGACUGGGUGGAAGCUGAUGGAGUACCUCCCCUUCCGGAGGAUGGAUCUCAAGAGUGAUGGCACUUGGGAGCCGAUCCGCUGGCCGCUGCCCAGGGGUGAGGUCCGUGACAUUCCAGAUGAUGUCCGCGUGCACGGCAGUGUUAUUCGCCGCAUGAAGGAGGAUGAGAAUUACCGCCCGGGGAACUUGAUUAUUGGCGGCGGUGGUCGUGGCGUUCGACACGCGCCCAAGGAGUAUGGCAUAGGGGAAUGGGUCUGCGUGGCAGACGAAGGGGAUCCUGUCGGUGAGAUCUGGAUGAAGAAGGACAAAUGCGAGUAG